CCAGCGCGCGGGCCCAGGCCGCCCGGUUCCAGCCCAGCAGCAGCGGCGGCAGCAGCAGCAGCGGCGGCCGCUCGCGGGGAGGCCCCGCGCUCCUCGCAGCCCCUCCCCGGCGCGGUGCAUGGAGACGAGGCCCGCCGUCCGCCCCUGAGCCCGCCGCCUGGCCCAGGACCCGCGGGGGGCUAGGGUGGCCUCGGGCUCCGGCCGGCCGGCCCCCCACCCCCCGCCCCCGGCCGCCCGAGGAGGGCUGCGCGCGGCCCGCGGGCCUCGUCGCCCGCGCGGAUCGCCGCGGCCCGGCCGUCCCGUCCCAGGAAGUGGCCGUCCUGACCGCCAUGGCUCACUCCCCGGUGCAGUCGGGCCUGCCCGGCAUGCAGAACCUAAAAGCUGAUCCAGAAGAGCUUUUUACCAAACUGGAGAAAAUCGGAAAGGGCUCUUUCGGCGAGGUGUUCAAAGGCAUUGACAAUCGGACUCAGAAAGUGGUCGCCAUAAAAAUCAUUGACCUGGAGGAGGCAGAAGAUGAGAUCGAGGACAUUCAGCAGGAAAUCACAGUGCUGAGUCAGUGUGACAGUCCCUACGUAACCAAAUAUUAUGGAUCCUAUCUGAAGGACACUAAAUUGUGGAUAAUAAUGGAAUAUCUUGGUGGGGGCUCUGCAUUGGACCUCUUAGAACCUGGCCCUUUAGAUGAAACCCAGAUUGCUACUAUAUUAAGAGAAAUACUGAAAGGACUUGAUUAUUUGCAUUCGGAGAAGAAAAUUCACAGAGAUAUUAAAGCUGCCAACGUCCUGCUCUCUGAACACGGGGAAGUGAAGCUGGCGGACUUCGGAGUGGCGGGCCAGCUGACAGACACCCAGAUAAAGAGAAACACCUUCGUGGGCACCCCUUUCUGGAUGGCACCCGAAGUCAUCAAGCAGUCGGCCUACGACUCAAAGGCGGACAUCUGGUCCCUGGGCAUCACGGCCAUUGAGCUUGCCAAGGGGGAGCCGCCACAUUCCGAGCUGCAUCCCAUGAAGGUCCUAUUCCUUAUCCCAAAGAACAACCCCCCGACGCUGGAAGGGAACUACAGCAAACCCCUCAAGGAGUUCGUGGAGGCCUGUUUGAACAAGGAGCCGAGCUUUAGACCCACAGCUAAGGAGUUACUGAAGCACAAGUUCAUAAUUCGCAACGCAAAGAAAACAUCCUACUUGACCGAGCUCAUCGACAGGUACAAGAGGUGGAAGGCUGAGCAGAGCCACGAAGACUCCAGCUCAGAAGACUCAGACACGGAGACGGACACGGACGGCCAGGCUUCUGGAGGCAGCGACUCGGGGGACUGGAUCUUCACGAUCCGGGAGAAGGAUCCAAAGAGUCUGGAGAAUGGAGCGCUCCAGCCGUCGGACCUGGAGAGAAACAAGAUGAAAGACAUCCCAAAGAGGCCUUUCUCUCAGUGUUUAUCUACGAUUAUUUCUCCGCUCUUUGCAGAGCUGAAGGAGAAGAGCCAGGCGUGCGGAGGCAACCUGGGGUCCAUCGAGGAGCUGCGCGGGGCCAUCUACCUGGCGGAGGAGGCCUGCCCCGGCAUCUCGGACACCAUGGUGGCCCAGCUGGUGCAGAGGCUGCAGAGAUAUUCUCUAAGUGGUGGAGGAACUUCAUCCCAUUGAAAUCCCUUUGGCAUUUGGGGUUUUGUUUUUCAUUUUUUUCCUUCUUCACCCUCUUCCUUUUCAAAACUCAACGAGAGCCUUUGCUGACUCCGCUGAAGAGGCGCACCAUCGGGGGGCCGUUCCCGCCAUCCAGGACCCCAUGGCCCUUCCCUGCUGGCCUGGGGCCUGAUGGACUCCGGAUGGGGUGGGGGAAGGCCAGCUCCUCCAAGCGAUUAUUUUAUUGUUCUCGUUUUUAAUUUUAACCAUAGUGCACAUAUCAAGGAAAGUGUCUUUGAAAACAAAAAUAAACCCUGAAAUGUAUAUCUGGGAUUAUGAUAAGGUGACUGAAGAAAUGAAACCUCAGGUAUCCUGCUUUACGGUGAUAAGCACCCCACCCCUCCCCGCCCCCACCCCAGGAGAUGGAGAAAUCGCUCUGGUGGAUCAGUGUACAGACUUGUAAAUAGCGUCAUUUUUACGGAAAACCCUUUCGGCGUGCAUAGGAAUCACUGUGUACACAUCGGCCAAGUGCUUCUGUAGAUACCGUCAGUGGAGUAAAUAUUUGACAGGCCAUAACUUGAGUCUAUUGCCUUGCCUUUAUUACAUGUAAAUUUUGAAUUAUGUGACCAGUGAUUUGGGUUUUAUUUUGUAUCUGCAGGGUUUGCCAUUAAUAAUAAUUAAAUGCCCCUCUUCGGGAACACUCCCUCUGUUUGUACCUCAGCAAAUGCAGAUUUUUUUUUUCCUCCUGCGUGCCCUACGACCCCUUCGGUACACUUAGAAGUUGAUUUUCCUGUUUUCAUGAUGGUACUAUUUCUUAGUGUUUUAAAUGGAAACAUAUCGCGCCUCAUGAAGCUUUAAAUUAUUAUUUCAAGUUUCUCCCCGAUGAAGCGUCCUCGUCUCACUUUGGCUGGAGUCGCGCCCGGCCCGUGUCCCACGCCAGCCGGCCCGUCCUCCCAGUAGGGUUUUCUGUUGCACCUUGUAGUGAAACCUGCAUAUCAUCUUUCGAAACCUCAACAUGUCUGAAUGCUUUCACAAAUAAAUUUUAUAACAGGA